CGCCGCGGGGAUGAGCUCUCUGCCCGGCUAGUGACACCCUGCACCGGGUCUGCGAGCUGCCAGCACCCGAGCACUGACUUUGCCCACAGGAACAGCUGCAGCACCACGGACAGCUACCGCGAGAGAGGAGGCAGACACAGCGGGCACCUAACCGGGAGGGAGAGGGCACAGAGCAGGGAGAGGGCACAGAGCAGGGAGAGGGGGCACAGCCGACAGGUUCCGCCAGAGAGGCGCACCAGGCACCGCAGAAUGAGGGUGAAGAGCACAGACCGCAGGACAGUGUAGUGAGCAGCGCAUCAGCACAGGGAGAGAAGCGAGUGCAGAGACAGCGUCUAGCGAGGGGACCCAGGGGCUCUAGCGAGGGAAACGCACAGGAUUUAGGGAGAGCUGGGUUAGAGCCCCCGAUGCCCGCACCGUGCUGCCUCCUCUCUCUGCACAAACCACGGUCCCCGGACCUCCGGGGCUCACAUGGAAUAUAAUAAUAAUCUUGCAUAGAACCUGAGGAUUUGGGAUCUACUGUUGGGAUCCAGUUGCUAUAGACAUGGAUCAAUCCAAGCCCUCUGCCAUAGGCAGCGGUGGAAUCCAAGGACGAAUAUUUCAAGUGCAGGAGCCUGGAGUCCCGGGGGACCUACACAAUGGUGCACCUGCAUAGCCGAGCGGGCCUGCUCUUAAUGUGGCUUUUCUUCAGCUUUUGGGAUUACUAAAGGAGCCAUCUUGUGUUACAACACCCCCUUCCAGCCCUGUGUCUCCCUCUGUUUUUUUCUGGCAUUAUCAAGCUAAGGAAUCUAUGGAUGGACUGCUCCCCAAGGGUUUUUUUGGAGUGAGGGGAGGGCACCGGUUGAAGGAAUCUGAUCAGCCUUUUGCCCAGGUACACUUAAUAGAGAUUUUGUUAUAUUUGCUUGUUCAGUGCAUUGGCAGUUCUAUGGAUAUAUAAUUUGUCAUUAAUCUAUUUCAUGAAGAAUUAAAGAGAGAUCAACCCUACAAAUCCCAGUAGUGUUUAGAUGGAAAAGGGAAUUUGCAGCCUCCUGAAGCCUGGGUAGGGCAAAGUUCUCACUUCCAUGCCAAAUACCAGACAAUGGUGAAUUAUGAACGUGCCACAUCAUGAAUCUCUUGUGGCUGGUAACUGUGCACCAUACCUGGAAGGCCAUCCUGUUCUCUGCUAUCUACCUCAUGGUGCAAGCUUGGAUCUCAUGUGCAGCAUUCUCGGGGCCUCAGAACUGCCCUUCUGUCUGUUCCUGCAGUAAUCAGUUCAGUAAAGUGGUCUGCACACGCAGAGGCCUCUCUGAAGUCCCCCGAGGUAUCCCAUCCAACACUCGGUACCUCAACCUUAUGGAGAACAACAUUCAAAUGAUCCAGGCUGACACUUUCCGACACCUUCAUCACUUGGAAGUUUUACAACUUGGCAGAAACUCUAUCCGUCAAAUAGAGGUUGGAGCUUUUAAUGGUUUGGCCAGCCUAAACACACUGGAGUUGUUUGACAACUGGUUGACAGUAAUCCCCAGUGGGGCAUUUGAGUAUCUUUCCAAAUUGAGAGAGUUGUGGCUCAGGAACAAUCCUAUUGAGAGCAUCCCAUCCUAUGCCUUUAAUCGGGUCCCAUCCUUGAUGCGGUUGGACCUGGGAGAGCUCAAAAAGUUGGAAUAUAUUUCUGAGGGGGCAUUUGAGGGAUUAUACAAUCUGAAAUACCUUAACCUUGGGAUGUGUAAUAUUAGAGACAUGCCAAACUUCACACCAUUAAUAGGGCUAGAGGAACUGGAAAUAUCUGGAAACAGCUUCCCUGACAUCAAACCAGCAUCCUUCCAUGGGCUGAGGUCACUAAAAAAGCUGUGGAUAAUGAACUCCCAGAUUAACAACAUAGAACGCAAUGCUUUUGAUGAUCUGACAUCCUUGGUAGAGUUGAACUUGGCACACAAUAAUUUGACCUCCCUCCCCUAUGAUCUUUUUACUCCCUUAAGAUACUUAGUUGAGUUGCACUUGCAUCACAACCCAUGGGACUGUGAUUGUGAUGUUCUAUGGCUAUCGUGGUGGCUGCGAGAGUACAUCCCCACCAAUUCGACAUGCUGUGGUCGCUGUCACUCCCCACCGCACAUGAGGGGAAAGUAUGUGGUAGAAGUGGACCAAUCAUUGUUCCAGUGCUCAGCUCCUUUUAUUAUGGAUGCUCCUAGGGAUUUAAAUAUUUCAGAGGACAGAGUUGCAGAAUUUAAGUGUAGAACUUCACCAAUGUCUUCUGUUAGGUGGCUGCUGCCUAAUGGGACUGUGUUGAGUCACGCUUCCAACCACCCCCGGAUUACCAUCCUUAAUGAUGGUACAUUAAACUUCUCUCAUGUCCUAUUGACCGACACAGGGGUCUACACAUGCAUGGUAACCAACAUGGCGGGGAACUCAAAUGCUUCGGCCUAUCUUAACGUCAGCACGGCAGAACUCAACACGUCCAAUUACAGUUUCUUCACCACUGUCACCGUGGAGACUACAGAGAUGGCUCCAGAAGUCAUCUCCAUGAUAUUCAAGCCAGUGCCAACAACUUCCACAGGUUACCAGCCAGCAUACACCACCACCACAACCGUGCUCAUCCAGACUACCAAAAUGCCCAAGCAGGUGGCUGUGCCAACAUCAGAUGCAGGAGACAAAAUGCAAACUAGCCUGGAUGAGGUGAUGAAAACCACAAAGAUCAUUAUUGGCUGUUUUGUGGCAGUUACAUUGUUGGCAGCUGCCAUGCUUAUUGUGUUUUACAAGCUACGCAAACGGCACCAGCAGCGGAGUACCGUGGCUGCCGCACGAACUGUCGAGAUAAUCCAAGUGGAUGAGGACAUUCCCAGUGGGAGUCCCACGGGAGUAUCAGGUGAGGGGGCGGUUGUGCUGCCCACCAUUCACGACCAUAUGAACUAUAACACCUACAAGCCAGCACACCAUGGGGCCCAUUGGACGGCUAACAGUAUUGCUAAUUCUCUACACUCCACAAUUACCACCAUCUCUGAACCUUAUAUAAUUCAGACCCACACAAAAGAGAAGGUACAGGAAACUCAAAUAUGACUUUUUUUCAAUUUAAAAUGCAAUAGAAUGCACAACAAAAAGACAGCAACUUUUGUACAGAAAGAGAGAGAGAGACUUUUUUUGUUUUCUUGUAAAUGCUUAUAUAUUAAAUCUAUGGGCUGAUGACAGAAACAGAUUAUAUUAAAAUUUAAAACUAUUUUCUAACUUGUAAGUUCUAUUUAAGAUAUGAUGGUAUUAUGACUUUAGGGAGAAACACUUAUGAAUUGCUGUUUAUGUGCCAUAAUGAUUAAAACCCAAGGCUUAGCCCGUUUUAUUCAGAAACUACAAAUCAUUUAGUGCAAUCUGAGGCUGCUUGUGCAGAGCAGACAUCACAAUUUCUAAGGAAAAUUCUUUUGUUAAGAGUCCCAGAUCAAUUCCUUGCAGGUUUAUCUUAUAAAAAAAGGAAAAAGCACCACAAAUUUGUACUGUGCCAAAUGUUUAAAAAAAAAAUUUAAAUGCAAUAAAGGUUCUUUUUUUUUAAUA